GAAGCCGCUGAGUCCCCGGAGGGUGGAAGUGUGACGCUAAGUGGAAAAACCGACGUUAAUUGAAGGACACGAAGAAGAAGCUCGUUCAUGACAAACAGCAGGAAGUGUUGUGUUUGUUUUGGUCUUAAAGUCAAGGUGUUGUCAUGGGAAACCAAGUUAAAUAACAAGUCGCGGACUUUCGUGACUCCACAGCGGGGCUGCAGCAGGUGGAAGCAGCAGCCGCCGACAUGGACAACCUGAACUGGAAACCGUUCAUCUACGGCGGCAUGGCCUCGAUUGUCGCAGAAUUCGGGACAUUUCCUGUUGACCUGACUAAGACCAGGCUCCAGGUUCAGGGUCAGUCCCAGUACACCGAGGUCCGCUACAGAGGAAUGUUUCACGCCCUCUUCAGGAUCGGCAAAGAGGAGGGCUGCCGGGCGCUCUACUCCGGGAUCUCUCCUGCUCUGCUCAGACAAGCCUCAUACGGGACAAUCAAGAUCGGAACCUACAACUCUCUGAAGAGGCUGUUUGUCACUCAUCCAGAAGAUGAGACGAUGGUCAUCAACGUGUUCUGUGGCGUCGUUUCUGGCGUUCUGUCCUCCUCUCUGGCCAACCCCACCGACGUCCUCAAGAUCAGGAUGCAGGCGCAGGGCAGUCUGCUCCAAGGCAGCAUGAUGUCCAACUUCAUCAACAUCUACCAGACGGAGGGAACCAGAGGCCUGUGGAGAGGUGUCAUACCCACAGCACAGCGAGCAGCCAUUGUUGUUGGGGUGGAACUUCCUGUUUAUGACAUCACCAAGAAGCACCUUCUCCGCUCAGGCGUGAUGGGAGACACCAUUUUGACACACUUUAUUUCCAGUUUCACGUGCGGGUUGGCGGGAGCUCUGGCGUCCAACCCCGUGGACGUGGUGCGGACCCGGAUGAUGAACCAGCGGGUUUCGUCGGGAGCCCCCAUGUACAAAGGGACGCUGGACGGACUGAUGCAGACGUGGAAGAACGAGGGUUUCUUCGCUCUCUAUAAGGGAUUCUGGCCAAACUGGCUCAGACUGGGACCUUGGAACAUCAUCUUCUUCAUCACCUUCGAGCAGCUGAAGAAGCUCCCGUUCUAAAGCGUGCCGGAUGUGGGACUUCACUGCUCUGUCAAACUGUGUCGGGGGGGGGGGGACCUGGAGUUUCGGCACCUGUGUAAUCACACUCCCUUUUCAAAUCCAUACCAAUUAUACAGCCGAGUCUCCCCCAUCCGCUCAUGCUCAUCCAAAUCUUCUGUUAUCUUAUUCUUUUGCAAAGUGUUUUUAUUUAUUGUGACUGGUUCUUUUUUUUUUUUAAAGGACAUUUUUAAAGACUGUCGCUUUGAUGAUCACUCCCACCCUCAGCCUCCUUUGAACCUCCCCAGGCAGCUAGGUUUGGUUGUAGCAAAAGAUUUGAAACUUUGAGAGAGUAGUUUUUUUUGGGUUUUUUUCUUACUUGUUCCCAAAGGAAACACAGGAGCUCAGCUCUGUGGAUCAGGUGAGCUCGGCCCUCUCUACAUGACAGUAGAGAUAUUUUUGAUGGUUUCCUCUGGAUUCCUACGCAGAUCUGGAGGAAAGAAAAACAUUGGAAAUUAAUUUAUUUUUAGUAAAGAUAGGAGUUGCUGAAUGUCACUCGAGGCAUGCAUGGCUAGUUUGUAAUUUUUUUUUUUUAAAAGAACAGAAAGUUAACUUUAAAAAUGGAGGAUGUGUAGGAACCCUGCAGUUUUUGUCAUAGGCACUGCAUGAAAUGUGUUGAAUGUUGAGGGAUCGCAUGGAAGGACAACAAACUGUUACAGCGUGUUAAAGAGGCGGAUUUAAGAUAAAGUUCAUGGUGACUGAAAAGAGGAGAUAAUCCUCUUCACUCCAGGGUUAGGGUUAGUUAGGGUUAAGUUUAUCUCCGUAAAGAAAGGUCAGGGUCUUUGUUUCACUAAAGUGUCAAAAAUGGGUCAGAAAGCCCCUCAAAAUGUCACAGUGUGGUUUCUGACUUUGGGUCAUUUGACUGGAAAUCUGUCAGAACUGCCGCCUGAUUUUAAAGCUGAGGAAAACAAUAUUUAUUGUUUGUUUUUUAUUUUUGUGUUCAUAACGAGCUACUGAAGUUUUACUUGAAACCAAUCAGGAACGAGCACACACACACACACACACACACACACACACACAGAGUUUCUGGUUUCAGAACAGACCCGAUUACGUUGACAGACUCGGUUACCAUAGUAACAGACUCAGCUAAAGUUACCUCAUUUCUGAAACGUCAAACCCAGAGUUUCCUUCAUUUCAGGGUUAACUUACUCGGGCCUUUCUGAAACGGGCCUCAGGUCGGACACCGUUAAUUAAAGUGUUUGUUUUUGCUUUAGACGUUAGUUAUGUGUUGCACCUCCGGUCUGCUGCUGAAGUAGGAACAAAUGGUUUGCACACAAAGUGAUGUUCCAUAAUUUCAAUAUCGACUGAAAUAAAUCAAUCCAGUAUGUCUUGAAAA